AGAAGCUUCUGGGUCCGUCGGAGACGGUUUCUGAACGGAGAGAUCUGCAUUUGGAAUUCUGAAUUUUGCAGUAGGGUUUGGGUUUUGUUUACACUACCUCUCUCGAUCCUUACAAUCAGCAAUGUCUUCUCCCGCUGAGUGGUAUCACUCGCUUCCACCCAUAAGCAAGGCUUAUGGCACUGCUUGUGUGUUCGCUACCGCAGCUUAUCAUCUCGGAUUGUAUCGUCUGCCUCAUAUUGCAUUAAUAUAUGAAUACGUCUUCUAUAGGUUUCAGGUCUGGAGGCUGGUCACAAACUUCUUUUUCCUUGGACCGUUCUCUAUCAAUUUUGGGAUUCGUCUCUUAAUGAUAGCAAGGUAUGGUGUCCAACUUGAGAAGGGACCAUUUGAAAGGCGGACUGCUGAUUUCUUGUGGAUGAUGAUAUUUGGAGCCUUGGUGCUAUUGGCUUUGUCUGCCAUCCCCUUUCUUUGGGACCCUUUUUUGGCAGUAUCACUUGUUUUUAUGCUCGUUUAUGUUUGGAGUAGAGAAUUCCCAAAUGCCCAAAUCAACAUAUACGGACUUGUUCAACUUAAGGCUUUCUAUCUUCCAUGGGCGAUGCUUGCUUUGGAUGUCAUAUUUGGUUCCCCUCUUACAGCUGAUCUGUUAGGUAUCAUUGCAGGACAUCUGUAUUAUUUCUUGACAGUGCUGCAUCCACUAGCAAGUGGAAAGUACAUUUUAAAGACUCCUGCCUGGGUAGAUAAAUUGGUUGCGAGAAGGAGAAUAGGAGCACCAGUGGCAAGACCUAUGAGCCGUGGCCAGCCUGUUAGUAAUACUCCACAAGACAGUAGUUCAGGGGUUGCUUUCAGGGGAAGAUCCUAUCGACUUGGUGGAUAGAUAGAUGAUGAUAGAAAUCAAAAGGGGAUGGUUUCUACUAACCAAUAGUUUCAUCUGCCCUUUAUUGGUUGGUAACUUGACACCUCUGACGAUUGGAGCUAAUCAUCUGUUUGGAGUUCUAGUUUGGAGCAGUGUGUGUAUCAACCAUGACAGUCCAUUAAAAGCAAACUUUUUUUCCUUUUUGUGGUGGGCAUCCUUAUAAUUGUGCUCUUCGGAGCUUUUAACAUGUACGAAAGGAAGUUCAUGAAUUUAGUUUACAAAUGUUCAUUAGUUGUCCUUUUCUUUCCA